AUGAUAUCAGAAUAUUAUUUUUAUAUUUUCAGAAUUUUAGCUCAGCAUGAAGAUCUCACUAUGUUUCUUCAGGGUCCAGAAUUGUCUGAUUUGAUAUCUGAUUACUAUUAUAAUAGACCAGAAAGUAGACAACUAGCUCUACCAGGACCACCUACUCCACGAGGUACUACUGCUAGUACAGUAUCUACUAAACAAUAUCCUAUACUACCAGAUAUACCAAGUCGUCGUCAUAGCGAUACCUCCCAACCUGCAGAACCAUCAGCAGAACAAGAAGAAGAUACACAGCUAGUUAGAGCUAACAGUGAUGUGACAUCAGACGGUAAAGUUCGUAUGAUUAUGGAGAAACCAUCUACACCUCUUCCUUUAACAAUGAAUGAAGUUAUGCAGCAUUAUAAAAUUAUCGAAGCGAAAGGCCUUAGUUCCAACUGGAAUAAUUAUAUGCAUGUCGGAAAAGCUUCAUAAUGUUAGACUUAAUACCAAAAAAUGGAGCCAAUUUCAUUCAGAUUUAGCUGAAUUUGUGAAAUAACCUCUGAACCAUUUUUAAAUAUUUUCUAUUUUGUUUACAUUGUAAUCUGUGAUAGUUAAUAAAAUAUAAAUUGUAA